GUAUUCGUGCAGAUUAUUUUUGCUGGCGCAUCAUACUUUACAAAGCGCCAACACCAAUUUGCAUCCUAAAUCACAAAAAGUAGCCAAUAGCAGCUUUUGUUGGCAAAAAAUAUUCCGUCGAGACACUGUUCAUCGGCAAUGCGUAUCAGUCGGUUCGCGGACUUUGUGAUGUGUGGUUUGCAAAAGUUGAAAAAUCGUCGUCGUUUUUGAGUGGUCUUACAAAGUUUAGAAACCAUACUGAAAAGAUGUUGAUGCAUCUAUUACUAUUUAUAGUUUUGGCUUUGACAGUUUUCCAUUUCUACAUUAGAUAUCGAAGAAUUGGAAGACUGGCAUCGGCAAUCCCGGGACCGUCGCCAUAUCCAUUUAUAGGAAAUAUGCUUUCCUUCGAUAUUUCCUCACCAGUAAGCAUGUGGCUGGUAUUGCGCCAACUUUCUAACCAAUACUACCCGAUUACAAGAGUAUGGAUGACUACAGAAGCACUAUACAGUGUGAGACAUCCGGAUGAUAUAGAGAUUGCACUCACGAGUAGAAAGACUAUAGAUAAAGGUUGGGUAUACAAGUAUUUACAUCCUUGGUUGAGAACUGGUCUUUUAACAAGUUCAGGCGAAAAAUGGCGACACAGACGAAAAAUUUUAACACCAGCUUUUCAUUUUAACAUUUUGCGUAAAUAUAUGGAUAUCACGCAAGAACAGGGCGAAAAACUGAUAAAGUUUCUCCAAUGCGAUGGUAAAGAGUCUGUUCAAAGUCUUAUACCAUUUUGUUCAAAGUUUACUUUGAACAUUAUCUGUGAGUCAGCUAUGGGUGUUGCUUUAGACUCUUUAGAUACGAAAACCAUAGAAAAAUACAAACAAGCUAUUUAUAAAAUUGGCGAAAUCACUGUCUACAGAAUGCCUAGGCCAUAUAUACAUGACUGGAUGUUAAAGCUGGUACCAUUUUUACCAAUUAAUCGACACAGAAAACAAGCUCUUUCUAUACUUCAUGAAUUUACAGCUAAGGUCUUAAAAGAACGUAAAGAAUAUCACGAUCGUACGGGAAACAAAUAUUUGCAAGGGCUUACCGAAGAAGAUAAAGACGGCGACGAAGACGUAUACAUGGGCUGCAAAAAGAGAUUGGCUAUGCUUGAUUUGCUUUUAUCAGCCGAAAAAGACGGUCUGAUUGACGACGAAGGAAUCAAAGAAGAAGUGGAUACAUUUACAUUUGAGGGUCACGAUACGACUGGAAUGGCCAUGACUUUCAUCUUGAUGCUGUUAGCAGAAAACAAAAAUGCUCAGGAUAAAGCUAGAGCCGAAGUAAAUGAAAUGUUGAAAAAGAACAAUGGAAUAUUGGGUAUUGCAGAGGUGCAAGAGCUGCACUAUCUUGAACGUUGCAUCAAAGAAUCUAUGAGGCUUUAUCCACCUGUGCCGACUAUUUUCAGAGACGUAUCAGAAGAUUUACAAUUCAAACAUGGAUUGAUUCCCGGUGGAUCUUGUGUCGUCUGUCACUUCUACGAUCUCCACAGAGAUCCUAACUUUUGGGAUGAGCCUGACAAAUUUGAUCCCGACAGAUUUUUACUUGAAAAUUCUUCGAAGCGCCAUCCAUUCGCUUAUAUACCAUUCAGUGCUGGUUCUCGUAAUUGCAUAGGUCAAAAAUUUGCUCUUCUUGAAUUAAAAUCAAUACUUGGAAGAAUCCUGCAAAAUUUUUACUUAGAACCUGUGACUCGAUUAGCCGAUAUAAAGUUAAUUGCAGAUUUGGUGCUACGACCUUCUGAGCCUGUUCAUUUGAAAUUUGUGAAAAUAGAAAAAAAUACGUGAUUGCAUGAGCUUAAGCAUAAACAAAAAGAAUCUAUUGUCAACUACGCAUAGACAUUUUCUACAACAAAUAUAGAUGUUGUGCUACUUUCGAAGUUGGUUUAUGUUAUCUUUCGAAUAUAUGAGACGCUAAUUGUUAUGUCUAUGAAAUCUUGUGCGUCCGAGACACUCUGUGUCACUCUGAUAACGAUAGUAGACAGAUAUAUUAAGAGGUAUGUUUAUUAACCGAAACGUAUCGUAUUUAUUCAGAUUUUGAAGCUUCUUGUGAGCAUAUAGCAGCGAUUUUAUUAUCAGCAGAGAUGUUAAAAUUUCAAGUCAAAAAUAUAUUGCUACAAGACC